AUGGCUUCCGUCAAUCGUGAAGCUAUGGCGACUGUCAAUCGUGAGAACCAAUCUAUUGGAGACGAUAUUUCUUCUGAAAAGCCAGUGACAUAUAAGGUGAAUGCUCUUGUGAAUGUGAGAUAUGACAGGACUGAAGAUGUAAAGGAGAUGAUGCUUCAUUUGUUUGAUGCUUUUAGUAAUUCUACUCAGUGGGCUUUGAUUCUACAACUUCUUAGCACUGAAAUUGAUCCAAGGACGAUGGCGCCAAAAAGGAGCAAGAAAACCAUACUAGACUGCUCCAAAAACCUAACAAUUGGUGCGCAGUCAGCUACUUUCAAAGUUCAGUUUGUGGUGGAUUCAACUUUUGGGGUGCCAGGAGCGAUCACUGUAGUUAACAGAUAUGAGAAGGAACUCUUCUUGGAAAGCGUCAUCAUUGAAGGGUUAGUUCGUUUUUCUUGCAACUCUUGGGUCCAACCAGAAAACACUAUUGCACAUAAAAGGAUCUUUUUUUCUGACAAGCCAUAUUUACCUUGGGAGACACCAGCAGGACUAAAGGAGCUAAGAGAAGAGGAACUACGACAACUGAGUGGUAAUGGAAAAGGGCUUAGGGUAUAUUCUGAUAGAAUAUAUGACUAUGACAUGUACAAUGACCUAGGAAAUCCAGAUAAGGGAAUUGAAUAUGCAAGGCCAACACUUGGAGGCGAAAAGAACCCACAUCCUAGAAGAUGUCGAACUGGACGUCCUCCUACGAAUACUGAUAUACUUGCGGAGUCGACAGUGCAAGAGCCCAUGCAAAUAUAUGUGCCCAGAGAUGACGCGAUGGAAAGGUGUAAGAAAGAAGAUUUUGAGGUAGGAAGGCAGAAGGGGAUGCGCCGAAAUUUUGUUCCAUACUUAGCCUCCAUUGCAGACAGAGAUGCUUUUGAGAGGUUUUCUGACAUCAAUGGUCUCUAUAAAAAGAGAUCUUCGCUUGAAAUGAAGUCUCCAUUGGCAAAGAUUGUUGAAAAAGUCCAAGACUACAUUGAGCCCUACAAAUUUGACCCUCCAAUGACCAUCUCCAUGGACGCGUCUUGCUGCUUACGAGAUGAUGAGUUUGGUCGGCAAGCACUUGCAGGCAUAAACCCUCUAAGCGUAGAAAGGCUAAAGGUUUUUCCACCUACAAGCAAAUUGGAUCCCUCAAUCUAUGGUCCCCAGGAUUCAGCACUCAAAGAAGAGCAUAUUAUAGGUCAUCUAAAUGGAUUAUCAAUACAGCAGGCAUUAGAAGAGAGCAGGUUGUACAUUAUAGACUACCAUGACAAGAUCCUUCCAUUUCUCAACCAAGUAAACUGUUUUGAUGACCGAAAAGCCUAUGCAACACGUACAAUAUUUUUCUUGACACCAAUUGGAACUCUGAAGCCUAUUGUGAUCGAGCUCAGUCUUCCACCAGUGGAUCCAAAUUCCCCUUCUAAGCAAGUCCUAACAUCCCCAGUGGAUGCUACCACAACUUGGAUGUGGCAGCUUGCCAAAGCCCAUGUUUGCUCCAAUGACUGUGGUGUUCAUCAACUUGUUCAUCAUUGGUUGCGCACCCAUGCAUGCAUGGAGCCAUUUAUAAUUUCCGCUCACCGUCAGCUAAGUGUGAUGCACCCAAUAUACAAACUUCUCCAUCCUCAUAUGCGAUACACAUUGAAGAUUAACGCAUUGGCCCGUCAAUAUCUCAUCAAUGCUGAAGGGAUCAUCGAGAAUGACUUCACUACUGGUAAGCAUUCCAUGCUCAUUAGCUCCGCUGCUUACAAGGAUUGGUGGCGUUUCGAUUUAGAGGGCCUUCCCGAAGAUCUCAUUAGAAGGGGUUUGGCAACACGAGAUCCGACCCAGCCCCAUGGGCUAAGACUUUUCAUUGAAGACUAUCCUUACGCAAAUGAUGGGCUCCUAAUAUGGUCCGCCAUUGAAGAAUUGGUUCGAACCUAUGUAAACUACUACUAUAAAGACCCAAGCAUGGUUUGUUCUGACUCAGAGCUCCAAGCUUGGUACUACGAGUCUAUCAAUCUAGGCCAUGAAGAUUUGAAAAAUGCUAGCUGGUGGCCUAGACUCUAUAGUCCAGAAGAUCUUAGCUCUAUACUCACCACUUUAAUCUGGCUUGCCUCGGCUCAACAUGCUGCACUGAACUAUGGGCAGUACCCAUAUGGAGGACACAUCCCAAUUCGUCCACCACUUAUGAGGAAACUAGUGCCAAAGGAGGAUGAUCCAGAGUACGCAAAAUUUGUGGCUGAUCCAGAGAAAUAUUUCCUAUCAGCAUUGCCAAGUCGGUUUCAAUCAACAAGGUUUAUGGCUGUGAUUGAUAUACUGUCAACACACUCAAUUGAUGAGGAGUAUCUUGGAGAACGAAAAGACUUGUCGACUUGGUCAGGGGACAGUGAGAUCCUAGAGGCAUUCUAUAGAUUUUCAAUGGAGAUGAAAAGGAUUGAGAAGGAGAUUGAAAAGAGAAAUGUUGAUCCAAAUCUAAGGAAUAGACAUGGGGCUGGUACUACAGCGUAUGAGCUGCUUAUACCAAGCUCACGUCAUGGGGUUACUUGUAGAGGGGUGCCUAAUAGUAUAACAAUUUAG